CCCUUUAAUCGCCAUAUUGGGUAGCCUACAGAAAAGGCUUGUCUGGUUUUUUUUUUUUCUUUUUACUACAAGACGGAUUUGACAGGAGUGACUUUUGCAAUUGCACUUUGUUUUUCAUGAUCCUCCGAGUUUGCAUUUGCUAGCAUUGGGGUUUUUAAUUAAUGUUAUUCUUUUUUACUUCCGGUAAUUGCAGAUUCCUUUGCAUUUGUGAUAGUAUUUCUACGUUUGUUUUUGAUCGAUUUGGGGGGGAAGUGAGAAAACAAGCCACAAGAGGUAUUUUGAACAAUGUCAAACGUCCGUAUUUCAAAUGGUAGCCCGACUUUGGAAAGAAUGAAUGCAAGGCAGUCAGAUCACCCUAAACCCUCGGCUUGCAGGACCCUUUUUGGCCCGGUGGAUCACGAAGAGUUAAAGAGCGAUUUAAAGGGACAUUUGAAGGAACUUGAAGCGGCAUCGUGCGCGAGAUGGAAUUUCGAUUUCGCAAAUCACAAGCCAAUGAAGCCGGGGAGGUACGAAUGGGAAAUUGUGGAUGAUAAAGAAGUGCCUGCUUUUUACACCGGAAUCCAUCCCUCAUCAAAGAGGUUGUGUUCUUCUGUGACGACUGCUGGGAAAACCCAUUUGGAUCUUAACGGGAAUCAUAAUGGUGUUGUGAGUCCAUGUCGGCGAAACCUACUAGGAGAUAGACUUUCUGAGGAGAAGAAACCCGAAAAGCAGGAAAGUGAGAUUGACAGUAAAGACCAUUCCACAGGGCAAAGGAAAAGACCGGCUACUAAUGAAUCGACCGCACAGAGUAAAAGAGCCAAUUCUGGCACCACAGACGAAGUCUCAGGAUCCAAGUGCCCAAAUGUAAGCUCGGUCGAGCAGACGCCCAGGAAAUGUAGCCCACGACAAAAUACGUGAACAGAGUUGAAAAAUGGAAUUCCUUGUUCAUGGAGACAGUGCUGGGUGAUGCAAAAGGGGAAUGCAGUUAUGGAAGAUAAUUAGUGAUACUGUACAAGCACUGAAAAAAACAACACUAAAUCUGGCACUCAAUUUUUCUUUUUUUUUUAAUAAAUUAAAAAAAAAAAAAAAAAAAAACUGCCUCUAAAGCGAUGUAUGUAGCAAUGUGCAAUUAGGGUUUCCUUAUUUGCUGUUUUGUUUUCUUACUACCUUCUUUUUGAUUAUAUGUAGCACAUAAAAAUAUACAAUUUUUUAAUAUAUUUUUUUCUGAUACAAAGUAUGAGUGUUGUUUUCGGAUUUUACAAGUUGCAGUGUAGUUUUUUUUUUUUUUUUUUAAAUGCAUUUUAUAUUGCUGUUUUAUAAGGUUUUGUAAUGACCUUUUUUUUCUGAUAAACACUUGUUCUAAAGAAGAAACAUAACCAGAACUGAUAAUGUAAGUGUACAUUAAAAAAAAAAAGUACCUGGUGAAAUUAAAAUCUAGAGUGCUCUAUGCAACAGUGAUGCAAUGCACAGUUUAUGUUGGUCUUGCUUAAAAUUAU